UUGCGGUGGCCAGCCGAUGUACAAGUCAGUGCUUUUAUCCUCCCAGACGAUCUUCUACAAAAUGUACAUAGGUAUUUGUUUACAGAAAGCACAGAAGAAUGCAGUUCGGGAACGUACUUCCUCGUGCCGGUCAAGUCCGAUUUUCCCGAAGCGGAUCGAAAAUUGUUGUUUUCUUUGGAUCCUGGCAUAAUGCCAAUGAACAAAGACGUACCGAGUAAGUCGUAUGUACGGCUGCAGCACGAGGCCACGAACACAUGGGUACAUGCGACAAGUGCCACCGAAAAACAGAACCUGUACUAUAGUAGUAAGAAUGAGAAGGGUUGGGUACGUGUGAUCUGUGAAAACAAUCGGGUUGACAAAGAGACGUUUGCAUUACUACCAGUUCAUCCGAAUGAGGUUCGCGACUUGGACUUUGCAAACGAUGCCUGUAGAGCUUUACGGAACUUCAUAAGACAUAUCAAGAGUGGCGAUCCUGUCACUAAGGAAUCCAUCAACGUCACGAUUCAACUGCUUACGGAAUGCAUUUACUUUGUUACAAAUACCAAAAACCAUAUGAUGGAUCCAUUGCAAAUAAGCGAUUUCACUCCGUCCAGGGAUCGGCAGAAACUGCUCCGAGAGCAAGAAGUUCUCGAUCAGGUGUUUCAACUUUUGAAAGCGCCUUUCAUGCCUCGACAAGGACUUACCGAAAUCGGUCCCCUGUUAAGUUCUCCGUCAGAGCUUGGCGAAACACGGAAUGAGGUCUUCAAGACGAUGUUCCAUCUGUUGAGGUAUGGAUUUAGUUAUCGGAAAAAUCAAGAGUUUUUGGCCGAGAAGUUUGGACAAAUUCAGGAGCAAAUCGGUUUCGAUCUGUUGGCCGAAGAUACGAUGACUGCUGUUCUGCAUAACAAUCCGAAACUGCUAGAGAAAUAUGUGAAAACGCCACACGUCGAACGAUUCGUCGAACUUGUACGGAAUAAUCGAUUAGGAAAGUUCCUCGACUACUUGGCAGAUCUGUGCGUAUGUCGUGGUGAGGCAAAUAAAAAAGUUCAAGAGCUAAUUUGUAAUUCAGUACUGAGCGAGAAACAUCGUGAUAUACUGAUGGAGACGAAAUUGAUUGACGAUGAAGUUCACAUUGGCUGGAUGGGUCAGCCAUUGCGAAAACUGGUCGAUCUAGCUUAUAGCUCAAGAAAAAACCCAAGUGAUGCCGAGUUUUUGGAUUACUACAGGCACCAACUGGACCUAUUGGCACAAAUGUGUCAGGAGCAACAGUACUUGGCCAUAGAUCCGCCUCCGGAACGGAAACUUUUGAACAUUUCUCAACAGUUACCGGCAGACUUAGUUUUGAGAUGUAUGUCGGAUUCACGACUCCCUUGUGAAGUGCGUGCAUCAUUUGCUCGCCUCAUGCUACACUUACAUGUAGUCCGUGGAAGUCCGUUGAGUGCUAUCCGCCAUGCUCGGUUAUGGACAGACAUAACCAACGAGGUCAAAGUUCAAUCGUACAAAACAACUUCUGUCGAGGGUUACAGUGAUGGUGGUCGAGCUCGAGUGGGGGACCAGUUUGCUACUGAUGUAAGUUUUGAAGCUUUUAGCAGCCUGAUAGGUUGUGUAAACUUAUUUCUGUGUGAAGCACUAGCCGACGCUCUAUCUAGCCUAAGCUUCCAGAUGGUAACACUAGCGAAAGCACUUGCUCAAUUUGGCUACUACACCUUUGACAAUUUGUUGACGCUCACGGAAAACCUCUUGCACAUCGUCGACAACAGCCCUCAUAGUGCUCAGACAGGUGGGUUUCUAGAUUCUUUUGUGAUGGACGUGCGGCGAGACUACCGUAUCACGAUGGCAUUGUCAUGGUUCAAGCUCAAUUUCCCGUGCGAUGAGGACGGUGUGCUGAAUCAUACAGCAAACAUCAAUGAACGUAUGGCUCAUGAGCUUUAUGAGGCCAUCUACCAGUCAUCUGGUCAUGAACUUCAUUUGGAUGGCGGCGAUGGUCAGCUGCUGUUAGCGAUUCUUAUGCAGAUGACGAUGUCCGAUUAUCCACCCUUGACAAGCAUCGCCCUGAAGGUACUCUUCCGGCAUUUCACUCAAUAUCAGGAGCUGCUCGAAGACUUGAAACAGGUUCAACUGUUGGUAUCGUCGGACGAUGUGGAAAACUACCGACAGGUCGAUCGUGACCUUUUCAUUCUAAAGAAUCUUACCGAGAAAUCCGAGUUAUGGGUUCAUGGAGAUCGACAUCAUUCCAUUGAUGCGAAGGAUCAGGAGCAUGAUAAAACAACGAAGAUGGAUUUUGAGGAGCACUCCCUGAUCACUUCGAAAGGUUUUGCUACCGAUGAGAUUCUAAAGGCGGUCGUCGACAUCAUUGAUGAGCACUACAUGGGCUCUCGGAAAGACUGCCUUCGAUUGUUGAAUCAGCUACUGAUAAGCGAAGACCGUAACCUAGCUGCUAUCGCUCUACAAGAGCUUAGCGAUCGCACGCCUCUGAUUGCAUAUCCUCUUAUAAGACAGAUUUUGGUACGACUGAAGAAGCUCUGCUACAAAAAGGAUCGUCCGGAUAGUAUGAAUCAGCAGUUACUGAAGAACAUGAGAGUCUACGAAGUGGUGCUAGAAUUCUUGAGUAUUCCGUACGACAAGAAAAACGAUUUCGAGAUGCCGCGUUUGAUUACGCUAUCACACGAGUUUCUUCGUAGUUUCUGUAAAGGGAACAAAGAGAAUCAGAGUCGUCUGCACAAAUUCAUCAGCAUCGAAAAGGACGCCAAGGAGGGAACGCUGAAAGUGGAAACGGUUGAAGAGGCUGCUACUUUGGUGGCCAUAUUCCGAAAUAACAGAGAGCUUGCAAGCAAUGUUUCCGAAGAUCUGAUCGCUCACAUCGUCAACCUCAUCGAGCACAAGUCUCGCAAUGCUGUUUUCUUGGAGCUACUUCAAUCGCUGGUCUGUAUUUAUGACAAGGAAAUCGAAACUAGCCAGGAUAAGGUGGCCACGGAAGUAACCGCACGCGGUUGCGCUGCGUCACUUUUCCGAGUGUUCAUAUUAUCCAAUGCCCAACAACUAUUUUCUCUGCCGCGACGCGACCGCACGCGUCCAUUUCCUUCUGGUCGCAUUUUUUAUGACCAUUCCAAUUAUUUUAGGUUACUUGCACUGUGUACUCGUGGUAAAAAUGGCAGCACGGAAUUGAAAUGUGCAUCUGAGAUUCCGAUGGAUCACAUCGUACGAGUUGUCACGUCUCCAUCAUGUCUCGUAGAGGUGAAAACUGCCUAUUUCCAAUUCCUUCUUCACUGCUAUAUCGACACAGAUGCUGAGAUGAAAGACGCCUAUAAGGCGGAGUAUGUGGAUUCAUUACUUCACAACAUGCUCUUGGAUGUUCAAAAGCUUCAUAGUGAACUCUCGUCGCCCAGUCCAUCAACUAAUAUCCAGUACAUAUGUUUGACGGUUACGGAGAUUUUGCUGAAAUUCUUCGAAAAACCCUACAGUGAAUCAGCUAAGGUGGACAUACAUGCUCACAAGAAGAUGUUCACAGCGAUUCUACAGCAAUUGAGUAUUCUCCAUGCUAGCUGUCUGAAAAGGUCACAAUCGCCAAAACACUGGUACAGGGUGGAUCAAUGUAUCAAGAGGCUCAGGAAAUGGGCUGAGGAGAACAAAAUCUCAGUGCCGGCGAGCAUCUCGAUGCCACCAUUCUCGUCUGUUCCGACGGUGAAGCAGCGUUGGCAAUGUGCCGCAAAUUCGGCUAGGUUCAUAAGCCAGGUGAGUCGGACCUAUUCGUGA